AUGAGCAAAGAAAGAGUUCAGCGGGAGCAGCUCGCUGCAAUCUUCAAGCUGCUUCGAGAAAACCAGGACACAUUCGGGGAGGUCUGUUCAAAGUCUCUCCAGAACUCCAAAGAUAAAGCGUUUCAGGAGGCUGCGAUGUGGAAGAUCCAGCUUUGGCUUCACAACGGCCACCUCAAUGUGAGCGAGUGGAACCGUCUAACGCACUUCAACAACCCGUAUGGGUUUAUGGAAUAUAAUUAUACCGACAUCAAAAGGUCAGUCGAUCUGAUCCCGAUGCUUAAAUACUAUCAGCUUUUACCAGUGCCCAGUGGGUCAACCGAUGGAUGCAUUCGCUGCGCUGUAGUUGGCACCGGUGGCAUUCUCAACGGCUCCAAAAUGGGCACCGAGAUCGACUCUCACGAUUACGUGUUUCGAAUGAACGGAGCGGUCACCAAAGGCUUCGAGGAAGAUGUUGGAAAUAAAACCUCGGUGUACGUGCACACGUCGUUCUCCUUAACUCAGUCCAUUAUAGGACUGGGAGAGUCCUUCAAACGCAUUCCACAUGAUGAGGGAAUUAUAUACGUAAUGAUUCCGGAGGGUCUCAGAGAUUUCGAGUGGCUUGAAGGCCUCCUGGGGAAAAAGAGGAUGACGUACGGAUCCUACAAAGGUUACAGGCCGUUCACCUUCUACAGCGACCGGUUCCGAGAGGAUAAAUUUUAUGUCCUUCACCCUGACUUUCUAAGAUACAUUCGGAACAGAUUCCUGCCAUCUAAAACUCUGGAGACGUCACACUGGGCAAUAUACCGACCGACCAAUGGAGCGUUCACGUUGUUCUUAGCUCUUCACACCUGCGAUAUCGUAAAUGCGUAUGGAUUCAUCACUGCAGACCACAGCAAAUACCCCAACUAUUACAUUCACAGAAACACAAAAACCAGAGUCAUUUUUUACAUCAAUCAUGACUAUAAUGUGGAGAUUAAAACCUGGAAGAAGCUGCAUGACGCUGGAAUCAUCAACCUUUACCAAAGACAGGAAAAACCAAACCCGACUGUGACUUAAUGAACACUUUUAUUUCUGUAUUACUGUAUAUACAUGCACUUAGGUAAAUACGGCUAGGGCAGAGACGUCCAGUGUAUUUAAAAUAUAUAUGUAAUAUAUAUAUAUUUUAUAUCAUUUGUUGUUUUUAUUUGAUAAUAUAAUAUAACAUGGCUUUGUUACUUACAGAAUUAGUGGGUCGUUCAAGUUUUGUUCCACAAUGUGGAAAAGUUGUGCUUGAGCUGUUUUUUCCCCUCUUUGAUUUCAACCUAAUUAAAAUAUGUUUCCUGGGGAAAAAAAAAAAAAAAAAGAUCAUCACAUAUCCAAAA